UUUAAAUUUAAAUUCUGACAAUGUGCUGUUUUCAUUUACAAAAUCAAAGGUGGCGUUGGUAUCUUUUCCUUUCCUUCUUUAAAAGGGGGCAUGUGCUGUCUAUUAAAAGCAUUUCAUAGUAACAUCCCCUUUCCCUGUAUAGCGUAGGUGUGAGAUGGACAAUUAAAACAGAAAACACUGCUGGAUGAGUCGCUCUUUCUUUCAGUCUGCACGAGCCGUUUACUGUUUCCUCCGUUCACACGAUGUCCGAUCAGCCGGUAACUUUACCGGUGUGCAGGCGACUGACGUACGCCGUGGGACAUUUCUUCAACGACCUCUGCGCGUCUAUGUGGUUCUCGUAUCUGCUGGUGUAUUAUCACUCGGUUCUCGGUUUCAGGGAUACAAACGCAGGUGCGCUGCUGCUGGUCGGUCAGAUCGCGGACGGGAUCUGCACUCCGCUCGUCGGUUACGAAUCCGAUCGGACGUCAGGAUGUGGAAAGUAUGGGAAAAGAAAGACCUGGCAUUUAGUAGGUAACUUAAUGGUAUUUGCCUCCUUUCCCUUCAUAUUCAACCCCUGCAUUGGAUGUGAUGAGAGAACCCCACAGACCACAGGACUGAUUUACAUCAUCCCAUUCAUCAUCAUCUUCCAGUUUGGCUGGGCUGCUACCCAGAUAUCCCACCUGUCGCUCAUUCCUGAGCUGGUCACAUGUGAGCACGCCAAAGUGGAACUGACAUCAUACAGGUAUGCUUUUACAGUGGUGGCAAACAUUGUGGUAUAUGCUGUGGCGUGGCUCUUGUUCCACUUCCAGUCCCAGCAUACAGAAGACCCAUCGAUUUCCCAGAAUCUGGGCUGGGUUGAUGUUCACACAUUCCGAUAUCUGGCACUCAUAAUAUGGGCCAUUGGUACUGUAACCUCCGUCAUCUUUCACCUGGGCACUAAGGAAGGAAGAGUCAAGCCUCAGGAGAGUGAACAGACUCCAGUCCCCAGCUCUUCCCAGAGCUCCGGACCCCUGCUCCAAUGGAAACACUGGCUCAUCGAGCCUGCCUUCUAUCAGGUAGCAGUACAAUAUAUGUGCACAAGACUGAUUGUAAAUUUGUCCCAAACAUACAUCCCGAUGUAUCUGAUAAACUCCUUAUCACUUCCAAAGAACUACAUUGCAACUAUUCCCCUGGUCAUGUAUGUCAGUGGGCUUGUGUCUUCUCUCGUUAUGAAGCCUGUUAACAAAUGGAUCGGCACCUCUAUGGUCUAUUUUGUAGGUCUUGUGCCCGUAAUGGUGUUUUCCUUUUGGGUUUUGGUGGACACAAACAUGGGUACACGGGUUUAUGGAGCCGCCGUGCUGCUGGGAGCUGGAUCUGCUGUCAUUCUGGUCAUGUCACUGUCCAUGACUGCCAAACUCAUCGGCGAUCAAAGACAAAGUGGUGCUUUUGUGUAUGGUGCAAUGAGCUUCACUGAUAAGGUGGCAAAUGGAAUUGGAGUCAUGAUAAUACAGACUUUACACCCCUGUCACACACUGGACUCUGACUGCAAAUGGUUUUACCGCACUGUCAUGGUGAUUGUCACCGGCGGUGUGGCUGGCGUUGCAGCUCUCUGUCUCUCUACCAUUCUCAUCUGGCCCAUCGCAAUUCGCCGACGUCUUGCGGUCAUCAGAGGGCUGAUGGGUACAGAUGUUGAUGAAACGAGCAGCCGUUCGAACAAUGGAAUACUGGACUGACAGAUUCAGUGUUAAAAA